AUCGGCGCUUCGCCAGUUCAGUUGCAUCGCGACCACCUGAGAGCCUAGCUGAGAAGUUCUUCUCCUGGUGAAAAGAGUGUGAGUCAGUCUGUGUGGUUCUGUGCACACUUUUGGAUGUACUGUGAACACUUGAGCGUGAAAUAUUCAUCAAAUUGUGCCAAUUGCGACGAUCACGCGUCCUGAGCGACACUUUCAGCGCCAGCAACGGUCUACGAGGAAUACUUAAGCCUUAAUGUGACUUGCCCAUGUGUGAUUAUGCAACAAUGCCUGAAUGCCAUCGCGAUGUCCUUUCAGGAUACACGCCAGAGUGCCAAUGACAGCGCUAAAGCACUGACGGAGAAGGAACAAUGCCCAUGGACGGUGACACAGACUUAAACUACUUCUUGCUCAAUCGGACCUUCGAGUCAUGUGCCCUCAAGUAUGAGGACUUCACCAUGCCCGUGACAGCUUCUUAUUGCAAUUGGACGUGGGAUAGCGUUCUAUGCUGGCCACCAACGCCAGCGGGCACAAUCGUGAGACAGAAGUGUCCCUUGCGCCACGGCCUGGACCCAAGCAGAUACGCCGAGCGGCGGUGCAGCGUAAGAGGCGAGUGGAUAGGAAGGAAUGGCUCUUCGGACAUCCAGAAUUACACUGGAUGGACCAACUAUACGCCUUGCUACACGCCGGAAAUGCAGCAUAUCAUGAAUAUGCUCUACCUCAACGGAAACACCGCCAAGGAUAAAUUCAAUAUUGCCGAGCGAACGCGCGUGCUGGAAAUUGUGGGCUUCAGCAUUUCCUUAGCUGCCCUCAUUCUCUCCCUGGUCAUCUUCUUGCGCUUCCGCAGUCUCCGCAACAAUCGCACGCGCAUCCACAAGAACCUCUUCGUGGCGAUGGUCAUCCAAGUGCUGAUCCGCCUCAUUCUCUACAUCGACCAGGCCGUCAUUCGCGCGUACAACGACGGCUCAGUCGCCCGCCAUGGAAUCGACAACACGCCCCUUCUCUGUGAGGCUUGUUACGUCCUGCUGGAGUACGCCAGGACAGCCAUGUUCAUGUGGAUGUUCAUCGAGGGCCUGUAUCUGCACAACAUGGUGACCGUGACUGUGUUCCAAGUACGCUUUCCCUUCUUCACCUACAUCGUCCUCGGCUGGGGCGGACCAAUCUUCCUCACCGCCAUCUGGGGCACAAUCACGGCCAAGUAUCAGGCCCAUCAGCAGUGCUGGUGGGGCUACAAUCUCACCUACUACUACUGGAUCCUCGAGGGACCACGACUCACUGUCAUCCUGCUCAACUUCUGCUUCCUGCUCAACAUCAUCCGCGUGCUGGUGGUUAAACUCCGCCAAUCGCAGACCAGCGACAUCGAGCAGGUGCGUAAGGCCGUGCGGGCGGCUGUGGUCCUCCUGCCAUUGCUCGGCAUCACCAACAUACUGUCCAUGACGGCGGAGCCGCUGAAGAAGUCCGUCCUGGAGUUCGCGCUCUGGUCCUACACCACCCACUUCCUCACGUCCUUCCAGGGCUUCUUCAUUGCACUGCUGUACUGCUUCCUCAACGGCGAAGUGCGCUCGGCCCUGCUGAAGAGCUUCCGCGCCUACAUUGACUACCACGGCGUGUGGAACACGCAGCAGCCGCGACGGCAGUCCUUCUACAGCGUGGCCUACACGCCAGCCAUGGCGUAAUUACCAUCAGAACUCUCAGUGCGAUGUCAGGAUAAUGUUAUACAAUUUUACACGAAAAUAGAGGAUUUUUCGCGCAUUCUCAUCUUAUUGGGUACUCUAAUGGGCGAUGCAUACGAUUGGGCGUGAUUUUUUCGCUCACUGAAUAUUUCGCUUUAUAGGAGCAACUGGAACGUUCUUUAAAAUCGAACUUGAGUCAA